GUGCCACUGCACCUCUGCGCAUUGGUUUGCCGUCAGUGCCGACGGCCGAAACAGGAGGAUGAGAGGAAGCUGUGUGCUGCGGACGAUGAGAUCUGAAGGGAUCUAUCUGUGGAUUGGGAUGGCAGCGCCGUGGCUCGAGCGUGAAAGUUUCAAGAUUAGAGGGUGGAUAGAUAAUACGGAGGAUAUAUAGAGCAGCAGCAACGAAUCUAUUCUUUCCCUUCGGCUACUCCCUGCAUCUAUCAUACUCGUCAGCACCCCACAACACACAGUCUGACAGAUUCGUUUACUCACAGACAAAUAUGUCCAACACAGCACAAAACGUUGCCGACGCGGCCAAGGACAACGCCAACAAGGCCUCGGACCUCCCCUCACAGGUGCACAAGGAUGCCAACUCGCUCGUCGAGCAGGCCACCCACCUUGUUGGCGACACGCUCACUUACGCCAAGGACACCGUCAGCUCUGCCCUCGGACACGGCAAGAGCCGCGCAAAGGACGCACAGAAACAGGCGGGCCAUGCCGCUGACGAGGCCAGCGACAUUGCCAACAAGGCCAGCAAGGAGGGCCAGCAAUCCGCCGAGCAGGCGCAAAAGACGCUAUCUGACCUGGUCAACCAGUCGCGGCAGCUCGCCGACGACGCGCUCAGCAAGGUGAACGAGUACGUCAAGCCGCAGCAGACAGUGGAGAAUGCGCAGCAGCAGGCGUCCGGUAUCGUGAACCAGGCGCGCGGGCUCGCUGCCAGCGCAAUCGAGACCGCACAGUCGUACAUUCAAAUCGGCGAGCAGAAGGUCUCGCAGCUCGCCGACUCGGCCAAGGACGCCGCGGGCAGCGCGCAGCGGCAGGCCAGCAGUAGCGUAGAGCAGGCGCAGAAGCAGGCCACCAGCGCCGCGCAGAAGACGCAGGACGCCGCUAGCGACCUCGCCGGCCAGGCGCAGCAGGCUGGCGAGGAUGUGCAAAAGAAGCUCAAGGCGUGAAGACGCUACGGAUCGCAUGCUCGCCCAUACUCCCCUUGUAAGAAGAUGCACGUCGUAACAUCCACUCUGUAACUACCUUGCUUGGCUUCUAUGCUGCAAAAACGAUACCUCCACGCAAUUACAACGCAAAAGGUGAC